GAGACCUAACCAGCCACGAGCCAGCCGCCACUCCCCGUCGAAGGCUCGCCGUCUCCCCGUCGUCCGGCCGCCCGCCCGCUCCCUUCCCCGCCACCGUUCAGCGCCAGUAGUGCCGGCCGGCUGGCCGCUCCCUUUCCCUAUCCCUGGCCCGCCCGGCCGCCCCCCUCUCCUCGCCAGGCGCCGGCUCCCCCGCGGCGGCGCGGCGCGGCCCGCCCCCUCCCCUCUCUGCGUGCUCCUGUGGCACCGGCGAGGUCCAGCCUCCACCCCUAGGCCCCGAGGCACCCACCGGUCUGGCCAUUCACUGCAAGGCAGCGACCGAUGUCAUUGAAUUGAUGCAAGACAGCAAUUUGGCCAAUUGAUCGAUGCCAUUGAAUUGUGGAAUUUGGAACAUAUUUCGUGAUUUGCUGUAUUGCUAUAUGAAGUUUCCUGAAAAUAUCAUGUCGCACUUGAGCCACGCCUACCCAGGACCUUUUUAAAUUCAAGUAUACCGGCUUGGGCUCAGUUGGAUAGGGACAGACUUGAAUAAGAGAGAAGUACCAGUGGGAUUUUACAUGACGGGUGAAUCACGUGUGGUGGUGAUAGACAAUGGGGGUGGUCUUCUGAAGGCCGGUUUUGGCGGGGACAAGGAUCCAAUUGCUGUCGUACCGAACUGUAUAGCAAAGUCUCCUGGUUCCAAUGCAAACUCGAAGAAAUGGCUAGCGGCUGACCAGCUGCAGGCACAAGAUGUUGAUGUGACUGGUAUGACGCUGAGGCGUCCUAUUGACCGUGGCUACCUUAUCAAUACAGAGGUGCAGCGGGAGGUGUGGGAACGGGUCCUGCGCAGCCUGCUCCAGGUGGAUCCGACAAACUCAUCCUUGUUACUGGUGGAGCCGCAGUUCAACCCUCCAGGACUGCAGCAUGCUACCGACGAACUUGUGUUCGAGGAGUUUGGCUUCAACUCACUUUGUGUUGCAGACGCUCCUUCCCUUGUCCACCUUUACGAGGCCAGCCGCCAGCCGUCGCUCUUUCAUACCCAAUGCAGUCUUGUUGUGGACUGCGGCUUCUCCUUCACCCACGCGUCCCCUGUCCUUCAGAACUUUACGCUGAAUUAUGCUGUGCGGCGUAUGGACCUUGGUGGCAAGGCCCUCACAAACUAUCUCAAGGAGCUUGUUUCGUACCGGUCCCUUAAUGUCAUGGAUGAGACCCUCCUCAUUGAUGACGCAAAGGAAAAGCUAUGCUUUGUAUCCCUUGAUGUCCCUCGUGAUCUUCGCCUUGCCAGUUUAUCAUUCAAAGACAACCCAUUUAGAUGUUCUUACAUUCUCCCUGAUGGCAUAACAUACAAGAAAGGGUUUGUCAAAGACUUGGAUGAAGCACGUCGAUACUGUUCUCUGCCUGUUGAAGGAGAAUUAGAUAAAAAGGAUGGUGGCAAUGACAUAGACAAGGAUCGAAAAAAGCCUGAACUAAGUCAAAAUGAAUUUGCCUUGACCAACGAGAGGUUCCUUGUCCCAGAGAUGCUUUUUCAUCCAAUUGAUCUGGGCAUGAAUCAAGCGGGCCUUGCUGAGUGUAUUGUUCGUGCUGCACAAGCCUGCCAUCCAUAUAUUCAACCUGUGCUUUAUCAGAGCAUCAUCUUGACAGGCGGAAGCACGCUGUUCCCUCGGUUCGCUGAAAGAUUGCAGAGGGAACUUCGACCUCUUGUGCCCGAGGAGUACCAGGUGAAGAUAAUUUCUCAAGAGAACCCAAUCCUUGGUGUCUGGAGAGGAGGAUCUGUCCUGGCGUCCAGCCCCGAUUUCGAGUCGAUGUGCGUUACGAAAUCGGAGUACGAGGAGAUGGGGUCGGCACGGUGCCGCCGGAGAUUCUUCCACUGAAGAGCUGCUCAGUAGAUAGGACAAUGUAGCCUGUUUUAGAUGGCAUGUUUAGCAAGUGGCAUGCGAAUUAGGGGUUCCUCUUCUGCAAAAGGUUUAACAAGUUCAGUAUCUGCACUAGACAAAUGUAACUACCGCUUGGUUGGCCAUGAGAUUAGAGGUUGUCUUCCCCAUGCACGCACGCACGCACGCACGCAUGCAGAUCAACUUUGUAUGAAUGGAUUCAGUUGUGGGUGGGUGGAUUUAGCAUCUGGGAAUUUCAGAUUUUCCUGAGGAUUUUCUA